CACCGCGCCAUGGCGGGAGGCCUGGAGUCGCUGGAGUCAUGCUUGGAGCAGCACAUACCACCCGAGGACCUCGCCGAGGUGAAGCGGAUCCUCUACGGGGGCGAGGCAAGAAAACUUAAUUUACCAGCUGCUGCUCUAUCAGCAGCUCAGGAAGGAGAUUUUGAGCUACAGGGCUACGUAUUUGAAGCUGCUCCAGAGCAAUUGAGAAGGCCACGUAUUGUUCGAGUAGGACUGGUACAAAAUAAAAUUCCACUUCCCACAGACACAGCCGUGGCAGUCCAGGUGGCUGCACUGCACAGACGAAUUGAGGAGAUUGUGGAAGUAGCUGCAAUAUGUGGGGUCAACGUAGUUUGUUUCCAGGAGGCUUGGACCAUGCCCUUUGCUUUUUGUACAAGAGAGAAGCUUCCUUGGACUGAAUUUGCGGAGUCAGCAGAGGAUGGGCCAACAACAAAAUUCUGUCAAGAGCUGGCAAAGAAAUACAAUAUGGUUGUGGUAUCUCCAAUCCUGGAGCGAGAUGAAAUACACGGAGGAACUCUGUGGAAUGCUGCAGUGGUCAUUUCUAAUUCUGGAGCUGUCCUUGGCAAAAGUAGGAAAAAUCACAUUCCAAGGGUUGGAGAUUUCAAUGAGUCUACUUACUAUAUGGAAGGAAAUACAGGACACCCAGUGUUUCAGACGCAGUUUGGAACAAUUGCUGUGAAUAUCUGCUAUGGGCGCCAUCAUCCUCUGAACUGGCUCAUGUUUAGUAUGAAUGGAGCAGAGAUCAUCUUUAACCCUUCAGCCACUAUUGGAACGCUCAGCGAGGCACUGUGGCCAAUUGAAGCAAGAAAUGCUGCCAUAGCUAAUCACUGCUUUACAUGUCCCAUCAACAGGGUAGGAACGGAAUACUACAAAAAUGCCUUUACUUCUGGAGAUGGUGGAAAAGCACACCAUGACUUGGGCCAUUUUUAUGGCUCAAGUUACGUAGCUGCACCAGAUGGCAGUAGGACCCCAGGACUCUCUCGCACUCAGGAUGGACUUCUGGUGGUAGAGAUGGAUCUAAAUCUUUGCAGGCAAGUCAGUGACAAAUGGAAUUUUAAGAUGACUGGUAGAUAUGAAAUGUAUGCAGACAAGCUCACUGAAGCAGUCCAGCCUUAUUUUAUACCCAAUAUAAUUAAAGAGUAAGAGAGAGUAUCUUAUUACAAUCAAAGGUUACAUACAUUAAAAGGUACUGUUGGAUGAUAGCUUUACUGUGGAUCACAAGUUGUUAUUUUAAUGUUAACAUUUUAAUUUCCUG